UGUAGCCCAGUGGACCAAGGCAGUAACAGCUGUUGUAGUGGUCAUGAGUGGAAGCAGACCAGGAACUCUGGAUCCGGAACAUCCUCUCCAGUGCAUCGGCAGGCAGCCCAUGGUGAUGGCGUCUUCCCAGCUGAGGAAGCGGGGCAGUGGCACGGAGAGGAGGGGCGUCCCAGAGCCCGUGCCCAGGAUGCAGCCGGCCAUGAUGAUGUUCUCCAGUAAGUAUUGGUCCCGGCGGGGACUCUCUCUGGACUCGGCUAUGUUUGACCAGCAGACACAGCGCCACACCGGAGGGCAAAUGUCGCGCCGGCCCUCCUUCUGUCCAAUAGAUGAGAACCCGACGGACAAGGAAAUCAGGGAGAGCAGGGAGUCAGGAAAGACAGCUGUUGUCUUCUCUCUGAAGAACGAGGUGGGCUGCUUGGUCAAAGCACUACGCAUUUUUCAGGAAAAGCGUGUGAACUUGGCUCACAUCGAGUCACGGAUAUCCAAGCGGGUUCACUCUGAGGUGGAGAUCUAUGCUGACUGCAACUGCAGCAAGAAGGAGUUCAAUGAGCUGCUGGAGCUCCUAAAAGAUCACGUCAACAUCCUCUCCUUCAACACGCCCCAAAACCAGUGGUCCUCAGAAGCAGAUGGGGAGGAAGUACCUUGGUUCCCCCAGAAGAUCGCAGAGCUCGACCAGUGUUCUCACAGAGUGCUGAUGUACGGUUCUGAGCUGGAUGCCGACCAUCCAGGCUUCACAGAUAACACAUACCGUCAGAGGAGGAAGUACUUUGUGGAAAUGGCCAUGAAUUACAAAUAUGGCCAGCCUAUCCCCCACAUAGAGUACACCCCAGAGGAGGUCCGGACCUGGGGUGUGGUCUUCAAGGAGCUCACCAAACUCUACCCGACACAUGCCUGCAGAGAGUACCUGAAGAACCUCCCCCUGCUCACUAAGCACUGUGGGUACCGGGAGGACAACAUCCCCCAACUGGAGGACGUGUCCCUGUUCUUAAAAGAGAGGUCAGGGUUCACCGUGAGGCCUGUGGCAGGAUACCUUUCUCCUCGAGACUUCCUGGCCGGCCUGGCAUACCGAGUAUUCAACUGCACUCAGUAUGUCCGCCACAGCACAGACCCCCUCUACACCCCCGAGCCGGACACGUGCCAUGAGCUGCUGGGUCACGUCCCACUCCUCGCGGACCCCAAGUUCGCUCAGUUCUCCCAGGAGAUUGGCCUGGCAUCUCUAGGGGCAUCGGACGAGGACGUACAGAAACUUGCCACAUGUUACUUCUUCACUAUUGAGUUUGGGUUGUGCAAACAAGAUGGCCAGCUCAGGGCCUAUGGCGCCGGCUUACUGUCGUCUAUUGGAGAGCUGAAGCACGCCCUGUCCGACAAAGCUUUGGUGAAGAUGUUUGACCCCGGCACCACUUGCUACCAGGAGUGCCUCAUCACAACUUUCCAGGAUGUCUAUUUUGUCUCUGACAGCUUCGAAGAGGCCAAAGAGAAGAUGAGGGAGUUUGCCAAGACGAUCAAGAGGCCGUUCUCUGUGUACUACAACCCCUACACCCAGAGCAUAGACCUGCUGAAAGACACCAGGAGCAUUGAGAACGUGGUGCAGGACCUCCGUAGUGACCUCACCACUGUCUGUGACGCCCUGGGCAAGAUGAACACCUACCUAGGGAUUUAGUUGGAAGUCUUCUGAGCUCUCUUUUUGACUGUAACAUCUUGGUGAAUAUAAAUCAGACUAUAAUUAUUAAAAUAAAGUGAUCAUAGUCAGUGUAAUAGAAGUGUUUCAUGUGACAAAUCAAUUUUCCACUUAUUGCACAGAACAUGAUGAAUAAAAUAUUAUGGUAUGGAUGUUAUACAAUUAACACUAUAGUGAUAAUUGUAUGGGGGUGGGGGGCUGCAAAGAUAUUUUCAACUAAAGAGUGCAUCUAAUUUAAAUAAUAAAAUGUUGCAAAUAUGUAAAAUGUAACUUGACUGACAUUUGAUUAAGAAACAUCACUAUGUAAUACAACUGCAAAACAAACAGCAGGAUAAAAAUUUUAUUCAGACUUCUCUGGUCUUCAUGCAUGUUGUUACGUAUGUACAUGUUGCACUUAGAUUAGAUAACUGAUCAAUAAUUACUGUGAUUCUGCAUGCAUGUUUUCCUGUAUUUGUCUGCUACACGGUUUUCACUGCACAUUGCAAAGGGAUC